AUGCCGCUGGAGGUGUGGCCGGCGGGGCAGAGCAUCACCGUCGCCGUCAACAUGCUCAUGACAUUCGCCGUGGCGCAGGCUUUCCUGCCCAUGCUGUGCCGCCUCAAGUUCGUGCUCUUCUUCUUCGCCGCCUGCGUCGUCGUCAUGACGCUCUUCGUCGCUUUCUUCCUGCCGGAGACCAAGGGCGUGCCCAUCGAGGACAUGGCCGGCGUCUGGAAGGCGCACUGGAACUGGAAGCGGUUCGUCGACGACAGCGAUGGCGCCGAUGCACUCAGAGACAUCGAGAUGGGCUGCGCCGGCGAGGCAAAAAAAACUAGUUUAGCUUAG